AGCCUAACUGGAGUAAUGCUGUGGGGAUUUCUUUUUCCUGUUGCAGAAAGAGAGACUGGAAACAAUUCUAAAGUUAAGAUUAUAUUUUCUCUGACACAAAUCUCAGUGCGUUUCCUUGAGCAAGAGAAUAAAGUGCUGGAAACAAAAUGGGCUCUGCUUCAGGAACAUGACCAGAAAACUGUGAAGAGUAACCUUGAGGAACUUUUCAAUGGUUACAUCAGCACUCUUAGGAAAGAACUGAAUGAUCUGGAGAAGGACAAAGUAAGGCUGGAUGGAGAGCUACUUAACACCCAAAACCUUGUAGAGGAUAACAAGAGCAAGUAUGAAGAUGAGCUCAAUAAGCGUGCGGAAGCAGAGAAUGACUUUGUAAUCCUCAAGAAGGAAGUGGAUGCUGCCUACAUAGACAAAGCAAGACUAGAAAUUGAUCUUCAAACUUUAAUUGACGAGAUAAAGUUUCUCAGACGCCUAUAUGAAACAGAACUGGAAGAUCUACAGAGGACGAUCUCUGACACUUCUGUGAUUUUGUCCAUGGACAACAAUCGCUACCUGGACCUCGACAGCAUCAUUGCUGAAGUCAAAGCCCAGUAUGAAGACAUUGCCAAGAAAAGCAGGGCGGAGGCUGAAGCUUGGUACCAAAGCAAGUACGAGGCACUCCAGACUACUGCAGGAAGACACGCUGAUGAUCUUCGUAAUGCCAAGCAUGAGAUUUCAGAACUUAACCGACAUGUCCAGAGACUGAAGGCUGAAAUUGAAGGUGUGAAAAAGCAGUGUGCUAACCUAAAGGCAAAGAUUGCUGAAGCAGAAGACCGAGGUGAACUGGCACUCAAAGACGCAAGGCAGAAACUGGCUGACCUUGAGGAUGCCGCUCAGAAAGCCAAGCAAGAGAUGGCCAGGCAACUCAAGAAAUACCAAGAGCUACUGAAUGUGAAGCUCGCCCUGGAUAUUGAGAUUGCUACCUACAGAAAACUUCUGGAAGGAGAAGAAUAUCGAUUGGCAAGUGAUGCAGCAGGUGCAGUGAACAUCUCUGUUAUCUCUUCACAUGUUUCACGAGGUUCAGCUGCUUGUAGUGGUCUUGGCUACAGAACUGGCCUUAACCUGGGUGGAGGUAGUUGCUUUGUAGUAGGAGGCGGCGGUAGCAGCAACAUCAAAAGUGCGAGCCAAGGAGAUGGUAGCAGCAACAUCAAAAGUGCGAGCCAAGGAGAUGGUAGCAGCAACAUCGAAAGUGCGAGCCAGGGAGAUGGUAGCAGCAACAUCGAAAGUGCGAGCCAGGGAGAUGGUAGCAGCAAUGUCGAAAGUGUGGACCAUGGAGAUGGCAGCUCCUCUAGUGUGAAUUAGGCCUCUUCUCCUCCAACAGAUCACAUAAGCUAAACUUCCAAUCCCUUGCCCUUUUGAAAAUGAAACAUGUGAACAAUGUCUUCUCUGGCCCUAUCUCUGUGCAGUAUAAGUAGUCCUCGCCUUACUACCAGAAUUGAGCCUGGAUUUAUGGUUGUAACUGAGUCCACGUGAUUGCCUCAAUGACCACCAUGCAAUCUCUCCAUUGUGGUUAAGUGGAGUGAUGGGUCCCUUAGAGACUGCUAAAGCUCCUGGGAGGCCAGACACAGGCCCACAUUAGAGUAUCUCCCCAUAACACACUUGUCCUGCAUUGGGCCAGGGCCUCCCUCCUCUGAAAGGUCCCCCUUGAACAGCUUCCCACCACUCUUGGUUCCAUACACUUGGAAGUCUCCUCCUCCACUCUACUUACUUUUUCUCAAAGCCACCUUUCCCAAGGAGUUUCAUUGUGCAGUCAUCCUACACAGAAGCCACGGGAUGCCAUCCUGAAAAUGGGUGCCACUUUGGAGAAAAGAAGAAUGUGAGAACUGAAGCAGUUUCCAAUAUGGCACCUGCUUCCAGGAUGGCAUUACGUGGCUUCUAUGUAGGAAAGACCACAUGGCACAUCGGCUGCUUCUCCUUGGGAAAAGGGAUCAUUGGAACAAGUCAUGACUGUGGGGAAGGAUGUGGGACCCAGCAGAGCAGGAAGCAGGCCCAAGGGAUCCAACAGGGCGGGAUGAGAGGGAAGAUAGGCAGGUAGGGGGAACUGCAGUGUUCCUGUGGUUAGUCUUUAAGGGCGGCAGAUUACAAAGUACCCAAGUAUUAUUCAUGUGCCUACCAGGCAUACAGCAGCCAUAACUUCGGGCAUAGGUUGUAAGCCCCUUUGUCCAUUGCCAUUGUAAUUUCAAACUUGAAUAAAUGGAUGUAUAUCAAGUA